CUGAUACCAAGUGGAACUGACGCGCAUCAGUUCAAAUUGUAAUAUGGUGUGCACCUGAUGACUCUGAUCCAAGCAAGAUGAGAGAAGAUACACAGAAAAAUCCAAUGAAAAUGGCUUUUCAAGUACACUUGGUUUGUCAUUUGAAGAGUUGCUUUUUGCAUCCCUGAGGAAUUCCAUCUGUUUAUGAGAAAUUCUGGAUUUUGUCUCUGAGGAUUUUGCUUGCCCGAGGGGAAGCCACUUCUCCAUCGUUUGUUGUGUGCUUCAGCGAGAUCAUGGCCAGAAACUCAUUCCAUGGAUCGAAGUACAAGCCAGAAGCCAAUCAUGAUGUUGAUUUUGGCUGCACAAUCAAAGAGCUUCGCUCUCUCAUGGAACUUAGAGGGGCAGAUGGAUUACAAAGAAUCCAGGAAUGUUAUGGAGAUGUUCAGGGCCUCUGCUCCAGAUUGAAAUCAUCACCAGUAGAAGGGUUAAGUGGUCAUUCUGAUGACAUUGCAAGAAGAAAAGAAGAAUUUGGAAAUAAUGUUAUACCUCCUAAAAAGCCAAAAACAUUUCUUCAGUUAGUGUGGGAAGCAUUGCAGGAUGUGACUCUAAUUAUUUUGGAAGUUGCAGCCAUAAUAUCCUUAGGCCUUUCCUUCUAUAGACCUCCUGAUGCAGAGAGAGAACACUGUGGCAGGGCGGCUGGAGGAAUUGAGGAUGAUGGUGAGGCAGAGGCUGGGUGGAUCGAGGGUGCUGCAAUUCUCCUGUCCGUCGUCUGUGUGGUUCUAGUCACUGCCUUUAAUGACUGGAGCAAAGAGAAGCAGUUCCGCGGGCUGCAGAACCGCAUCGAACAAGAGCAGAGGUUUUCUGUGGUCCGAGGUGGACAGGUCAUUCAGAUUCCUGUGGCCGAGAUUGUGGUUGGAGACAUCGCUCAAGUAAAAUAUGGUGACCUCCUUCCUGCUGACGGUUUGCUAAUCCAAGGGAACGAUGUCAAAAUUGAUGAGAGCUCACUCACUGGAGAGUCAGACCAUGUCAAAAAAACUUUGGACAAAGACCCCAUGCUGCUUUCAGGCACACAUGUGAUGGAGGGAUCAGGUAAAAUGCUGGUCACUGCAGUAGGGGUAAACUCUCAGACUGGCAUCAUCUUCACUCUACUCGGAGGCGGUGAAGAUGAUGAUGAUGAUGAUGAGGAGAAAAAAGAAGAGAAUGAGAGGAAAACAAGAGAGAAGAAAGAGAAAAAGAGAGAAAAUGAGAGGAAAAAUAAUAAAACGAAAGAAAAAAAUAAAAACAAAAAUCAAGAUGGAACAAAUGAAAAUAAAGAUAAGGAUGGAGGUAUGGUGGAAAUGGAGCCCCUCAACAGUGAUGAUGGAGAGAAAAAAUCUAAGUUACCAAAGAAAGAGAAAUCUGUGCUUCAAGGGAAGCUUACCAAACUAGCCGUACAAAUUGGAAAAGCAGGUCUCUUCAUGUCAGCCAUCACGGUCCUCAUUCUUGUGGUGCUCUUUUUGUUGGACACGUUCUGGGUUCAGGGGCUUCCCUGGACCAAAGAAUGCACUCCCAUCUACGUUCAGUUCUUUGUUAAAUUCUUCAUAAUCGGUGUCACUGUGUUGGUUGUUGCCGUGCCUGAGGGCCUACCCCUCGCUGUCACCAUCUCAUUGGCCUAUUCUGUCAAAAAAAUGAUGAAGGAUAACAACCUAGUGAGACAUCUGGACGCUUGUGAGACGAUGGGCAAUGCCACUGCAAUCUGCUCUGAUAAAACGGGCACUUUAACCAUGAACAGAAUGACAGUGGUUCAGGUGUAUAUUGCAGACAGACACUACAGGAAGGUGCCAGAGCCUGAUCUGAUUCCAGGCAAAAUCAUGAACCUGCUUACAACCGGCAUCAGUGUCAACUCUGCAUACACUUCCAAAAUCAUGCCUCCUGAGAAAGACGGCGGUCUGCCCCGUCAAAUUGGGAACAAAACAGAAUGUGCCUUGCUGGGGUUUUCCCUUGACUUACGAAAAGAUUACCAAAUGAUUCGCAAUGAAUAUCCAGAGGAAAAUCUGUUCAAAGUAUACACCUUUAACUCAGUGAGGAAAUCCAUGAGCACAGUCCUAAAAAACUCUGACAAAAGUUACCGUAUGUUCAGCAAAGGAGCCUCAGAAAUCCUCCUGAAGAAGUGUUGUAAAGUCCUGUCAGCCAAUGGUGAUGCCAAAGUCUUUAAGCCCAGGGAUCGGGAAGACGUGGUGAAAAAGGUGAUUGAGCCCAUGGCCUCAGAGGGCUUGAGGACCAUCUGCCUGGCCUACAGGGACUUUCCUCUCUCAGAUGGGGAACCAGACUGGGACGAUGAGACAGAUAUACUGACUGGACUCACAUGCAUUUGUAUAGUGGGCAUUGAGGAUCCUGUUCGGUCAGAGGUCCCAGAAGCUAUUAAAAAGUGCCAGCGAGCAGGCAUCACUGUGCGCAUGGUCACCGGGGACAACAUUAACACAGCUCGAGCUAUUGCAACCAAGUGUGGCAUUCUCCAUCCUGGCGAUGACUUCCUGUGCAUUGAAGGAAAAGAGUUCAAUAGGCGGAUACGCAAUAACCUGGGAGAGAUCGAGCAAGAACGUCUUGACAAGAUCUGGCCCAAACUGCGUGUACUUGCAAGAUCUUCUCCUACUGAUAAGCAUACUUUGGUAAAAGGCAUAAUCGAUAGCACCGUUUUAGAACAAAGACAAGUAGUUGCUGUUACAGGAGACGGAACCAAUGAUGGCCCUGCGUUGAAAAAAGCAGAUGUUGGAUUUGCAAUGGGCAUUGCUGGUACAGAUGUGGCCAAAGAGGCAUCAGACAUUAUCCUGACAGACGAUAAUUUCACCAGCAUUGUAAAAGCAGUGAUGUGGGGAAGGAAUGUCUAUGACAGCAUCUCCAAGUUCCUCCAAUUUCAGCUGACGGUCAAUGUUGUGGCUGUGAUUGUGGCGUUUACUGGAGCCUGUAUCACACAGGACUCCCCUCUCAAAGCUGUACAGAUGCUAUGGGUGAAUUUAAUCAUGGAUACAUUUGCAUCUUUGGCGCUGGCAACAGAGCCUCCCACUGAGGCUUUACUGUUGCGGAAACCCUACGGCCGCAACAAGCCCCUUAUUUCCCGCACCAUGAUGAAGAAUAUCCUUGGACAUGCAGUAUAUCAGCUAACCAUCAUCUUCACUCUGCUGUUUGCUGGUGAGCAGAUUUUUGACAUUGACAGUGGCAGGAAUGCCCCUCUUCAUGCCCCUCCUUCAGAGCACUACACCAUCGUCUUCAACACCUUUGUGAUGAUGCAGCUCUUCAACGAAAUCAAUGCUCGAAAGAUCCACGGUGAGAGAAAUGUUUUUGAAGGCAUCUUCAAUAACUUGGUCUUCUGCACAAUAGUAUUCGGGACCUUUGUUAUCCAGUUCCUAAUUGUGCAGUUUGGAGGGAAGCCUUUUAGCUGUGUAAGUCUCAAAGUUGACCAGUGGCUGUGGUGUGUCUUCCUUGGAUUUGGUUGUCUUCUCUGGGGUCAGUUUGUCACCACCAUUCCCACGAGUCGACUGAAAUUCCUGAUGACAGCAGGUCAUGGAACCCAGAAGGAGGAGAUCCCUCAAGAGGAGCUGGAGGAGAUGAAAGACCUGGAUGAAAUUGACCAUGCCGAAAUGGAGAUGAGAAGGGGGCAGGUUCUGUGGUGCAGAGGUCUCAACAGAAUCCAGACACAGAUCCGUGUAGUGAAUGCUUUCCGGGAUUCAAUGUCCCCUUACGAAGGCCUGGAGACACCAGAAUCUCGCAGCUCCAUUCACAACUUCAUGAGCCACCCAGAAUUCCAUAUUGAGGAUUCUGAGCCAGCCAUCCCCCUUAUCGAUGACACAGACCCUGAGGACGAUGCCCCCACUAAACGCAACACAGUCCCUCACCCACUGCCUCCAAUUCUAUCUUCUCCCAAUCAGAAUAAUAAUGCUUCAGAUAACAGGGACUUCCAUCACCAAAAAGAUCUAGCAAAGACUAUCCUUCCUCCUACUCCUGGAAGUCCACUGCACAGCCUGGAGACCUCUCUCUAAUCCAGAAUCACCCAUGUCAAGACCAUGUCAGUGAUUCUUUGAGACUUGGGAAUGUUAAGGACAAGGUCUGAAGUUUUGGUCCACUGUCAGUCUGGAAAUUGGAACUGGCAAGAUAGUAAAACUUGGCAAAUCUUGGUUUUGUUUGUUUUUUUAUUCAUUUGCUGGAAAAGGUGUGGUUUGAUAAUAGACAGUGUUGCAUCUAAAAAGAUGCAAAAACAUGAUGACAUUUUUUCAAAUUAAAUAUAUUUUAUAUGUGGUAUUGGCUUGAUAUGUUGGCAUUUUCUUUUCAUAUAGUUGUACUAAUUUCCUUUUUUUUUUCAAAAUUGCUUCAAAGCAAUUUAUUCUAGUUGCUGCUUAGUUUCAUUAUGAACACACUUUUUUGAGAUAAGGUACACUAUUGGCCUUCAAGUUGUAUGUUUUGUUUUUUUUUAUCUUUAGAAAGCAGCUAGGAUUCCUUAGAAGAACUGCCUGAUAAGCCUUUUGGUGUAAUAAUUUAUGGUAAAUGGGAAAAGAUAUACCUGCAAUGCCUCACCGUUACACAACUUAAGAGGGUACGGCAGAUCGGUUUUGGGCUUCUUGUUUAAUAAAGAGUGUGUGUGUGCAUUUGGACAGGAAUAUAAGGCAAAGGGAAUAAAAUGCUGUCUGUCCAUGAGAUUUACUAUUGUAAAUUUUACUCUGGCAAAAACAUAUUUAACUUUUUAUAUAUUUUUUUUAAUUUCCUAUUUUUGAAAGUAACCAAAUGAAAAACAAGAGAGGUCACAGAGGGUACACUAAGAGCUUUGUGCACAAGCCUAAAAUGUAGCAGUGUGCUUUAUUUUAAGAGUGUUUUUUGGUUUUAUUCAUUUUGAUAAUCCCCACACCCCAAAACAACAGAUUAUAAUAUAAACACUAUAGCAUAAACAGUUUUUAGUCAAAAUGCCAUUUUAUGAAAUAGUGUGAUAAUAAUGUGAAGUAUAUUUAUUCAUUAUUGGAGCUAUUAUUCGUUUUGGGAAUAUGAAAAAUGAAUUCAACAGCAUGUGGUGUAGGAUUUAAACAAGAAUUAGUAUGUAGGCUCAUUUGAAUGUAUACACAUUAAAUAAUAUAAGUUUAAAGAAAGAAAAAUGUAUGAGAUUUCUUCGGUCAUUUUUGUUUGUUUUACUGUAGUUUCAUUCCCAUUUUAUGAAUG